CCCGUUUCAAAGCCUGUCUUCUUUCUCCUACGCCGCGUCAUGGUUUCUCCCUCUCGGUAGGUUUAUGCGAUGCCUAGUGCAAGCCAAUUUCCGCAACGUGGCUGGAAUAAGCAGCACGAAAGUCAAAAAAUAAUGCUUGCAGGUCACCGCAAGAAAACGGGGUUUACCCCGUUGAAGAUCAUGGCUUUUCGCAUGAGUCCACCCCUGACACUGAGUUCCUUACUCCCCGCAUUUGGAAGCUUGGCGUCCCUAAGUUGAGAGAAGAGGGUGGGAAUUAUCCGAUCGUGUUUUUCAUAUAUUUGAGCUCCAUUUUCUGCUGCUAAAGCGAUCCUGAGUCUCGUGUGGCGAACUGGUUCGAGCAUGAUCAUGACUAGCUCCACAGGUAUGGAGGACAUUGGGCCCAGUGUGGUUAUCUGCAACGCGAUCAUGAUUUGUCUCACGACAUUCUGCAUCGGAAUAAGGUUCUGCACUCGGUUCUUCGUCACUAAAGUCUAUGGUUGGGAUGACCUCUGUCUAGGAGUAGGUUAUCUCUUUGCGAUGGUGUUGUGUGUUUGUAGUAUUAUUGAAACCCGAUAUGGUCUUGGACGGCAUAUUUCUACAGUUUCACCUGAGGAUUUGGGUACUUUCCUGAAGUACAACUUCGCAGCAGAGCUAGCCUACAUCUUUUCCUUCGUAGCGUCAAAAUUAGCCUUUGUAUUCAUUUACUUGAGAAUAUUCCCUAGGAGCCGCCUUCGAACCAGCAGCUAUGUCCUCGCAGCAAUCUUGGUCGCCGAGUUGAUCGAAGAGAGUGUUGUGGUCCUCUCUCAAUGUGCACCUUUACAAAAAGCUUGGAAUGUGGAAUUGCCAGGCAAAUGCCUGAACCUACUUACCUUCUUUUAUGUCUCGUUUGGUAUCAAACUUGCAACGGAUAUCGCCCUCUUCUGCCUACCUAUCCCGAUGUUGGGGAAGCUGAAGAUCGGUCUCGGCAAAAAGAUUGGUGUUAUUUUUAUGUUCUCCCUUGGUUUACUCGUUUGCAUUAUCAGUAUUAUCCGUGCGACGUUCUUACAGAAUACAAGUACCGAUAUCACAUUUAUUUUGCCUCCCGAACUAAAUUGGUCGACAAUCGAAGUAUGCAGCCUCGUUAUUUGCGCUUGCAUUCCUACCUUCCGUGCCUUCCUCCGCCUCUUUCCCUGGAUCAGCCGCCUACUUGAUCUCUCCACCCAGCAAAGUAAAUUCACGACUGCACCUCCUCGAAGCUCGGAAAUUCUUCAAGAAGACGGCAAGGAUGGAAUCAAGGUUACAACGAACGUGCGCAUUGACCAUAGCAAUGGGGACAGAGACUUAGAGCCUACUUUUAUCUUUAACAAUAAUGUUUGAGAUGAUAUCUUUAGGCUUUUCCUCUUGUUGACCCUACGUGUGUAUCCGAUAUCUUGAUGAAGGAGUUUGGCAUCUUAGCGUUUGCAUAAUAUAGGGCGAGAUGUAGUCGUGUGAGCCGAGCAGCGGGAAUUCUGAAAGCUCGCUCGUAAUAUCAUUUUUACGGAGGCUUCUCGAAUGUGCUACUUCGUUCUAAACUGC